AACGACAGCAAGGUCACUAACUAUACCAAUCUGUAAAGACACGUUUCUCUUUGAAGGCAUCACAAUGGAUGUAGACACAGCGAACUUAGACAGUUUGUUUAUUAUUUUUAAUUUUUUUUAUCUGGCUUUUUUCAAGGAUCUGAACUGGUGGCGGAUGAGUUCAUUUCUUGAUGUGAGGAGUUCUGGAACUUGGAUCGACGUGCUCUGUCUGAUGCAUGUCCUGUCGGCACAACCUGACUUUCGAUGAUUCUCUUGUGCUCUUGGCAUGCAGAUAUUGUUCUUGCCAGAGAUUAUCACUUAUCCAAGUCCAGUUGUUGUGAUGCAAUUGUAGGUGAACAAAGGUGGGUGCCAAGGAUCUUGACUUCGUCGAGUGGAGGUGCAAUUGAUUGAUCGCAGGGGGCUGAGGUUAGAGUAGAAUCUGGGGGUGGAAAGAUGUCAAAGACUGUAGCUGGAUGGUUUAGGCGCACUCGCAGCAACUCCUUGUCCAAGGACAUCAACAAACAAAGCGCACAGGGGUCGGAGCAGGAGGAGGACAAAGAGAAUAAUAGCGAGAAGUUGUUGACGAAAUGUGAGUCCCUGCCAACGAGUUUGUUGUGCAUGGAAUCCGAUGACGAUGAGUCGCAAGCAGACCAGGAGGGGCCGUGUGUGGAGUUCAACGAGAAGGAGCUGGGCUCGCUGGUGUCGUUGAAGGAACAGUUGGAAAAGGUCAAGGAAGACGAGAGUCUGAGGCGAUGGCAGGUGCAGCUGCUGGGGGUGGCUAGGGAGGAUUCGCCAGACAGUUUUGUGAUGCGCAUACUAGAUGUAGAUUUAUAAUGGGUGUGGAAAUGGUUGUUUGAGUGUAUGAGAUUGUAACAAUGCAACACUGAAUCCAAUACAGUUCGAUGCAACUUGACCUGAACUUGGUAUAGGUUCUCAAUCUCAUCUAUCAUAGUGUAAAAUUUGCAGUAAAGUCCUCCCAUUUCUCUACUGCAGUAAAAGCGAGCUGCUGAGAAACAGGGACGAGGGGUCGGAUGGGGGGUCGGACAGGGAUGGGGAUGGGGAGGUCGGAACGGGGGACAGGGGGGAUGGGGACAUGGAGAAUGGAGAACAGAGGAAAAGUGAGUAAAAGAUUCACAACAGAUGAGACUAUUUUCUCUGAAGAGUUUUCCCUUAACCAGUCGGAGUUGUUUAUCCUGGAACGAGCGUCUCUCCUUGAGUUUCAAGCAUUUCCUUGACAUUUGAUUGCGAUGAUGUAUGAAAAUUGCUCUUGAAUUCUUGCACAAACUGGAAGCAGCUCACUAUGUCCAAAGUUCGUUGACGUUUUUUCUUAAUUAAUUUUUCAUUCGAUUGUAUCCUAGUCCUCAUGACUGUCUUAUACCCAAGUACAGAUUGUAUUCAAAACACACAAGUGAUCAUGCAUUAAGGUAAUGCCAACUUUCAAUUCAUCAUAGGAUGGAGUUUUUGUGUUGGUAAAGUUCCAUCAACUGCUGCAACAUUAAUGAGGCUACUAAUUGGUGGUCCA